AUGCAGGACAAGGUCGAAUCAUUUAUUUUGGACCAAGAAGAUCUUGAUAACCCAGUACUUAAAACCACAUCGGAGUUAUUCUUAUCGAGUGCUGCAGAAGGUGCGGACUUGAGAACUGUGGAUCCAGAAACACAAGCAAGACUAGAAGCCUUGCUGGAGGCAGCAGGAAUUGGUAAAUUAUCAACUGCCGAUGGUAAAGCCUUCGCAGAUCCUGAGGUUCUCCGAAGACUGACGUCCUCUGUCAGCUGUGCAUUGGAUGAAGCUGCUGCUGCGUUGACGCGGAUGAGAGCAGAGAACAAUCACAAUGCAGGACAAGUGGACAAUCGCAGUUUGGCAGAAGCAUGCUCAGAUGGGGAUGUAAAUGCUGUCCGGAAGCUGCUGGAUGAAGGAAGAAGUGUAAAUGAACAUACUGAAGAAGGGGAGAGUCUCCUUUGCUUGGCCUGUUCAGCUGGGUAUUAUGAAUUGGCACAAGUGCUACUAGCAAUGCAUGCAAAUGUUGAAGAUCGAGGGAAUAAAGGAGACAUAACUCCCUUAAAAGCAGCUGCCAGUGGAGGCUAUGUAGAUAUUGUUAAACUUCUCCUUGUUCAUUGUGCAGAUGUCAACGCCCAGUCUUCAACAGGGAACACAGCACUCACCUAUGCCUGUGCUGGGGGAUUUGUUGACAUAGUGAAGGUGCUAUUGAAAGCAGGUGCUAAUAUAGAAGACCACAAUGAGAAUGGGCAUACCCCCUUAAUGGAAGCAGCUAGUGCAGGUCAUGUUGAGGUUGCAAGAGUAUUGCUGGAAUACGGUGCAGGAAUCAAUACUCACUCCAACGAGUUCAAAGAAAGUGCACUUACACUUGCAUGCUACAAAGGCCAUUUAGAUAUGGUUCGUUUUUUGCUUGAGGCUGGAGCUGAUCAAGAACACAAAACAGAUGAGAUGCACACAGCACUAAUGGAGGCCUGCAUGGAUGGACAUGUAGAAGUAGCUCGCUUGCUCUUAGACAGUGGUGCUCAAGUGAAUAUGCCUGCAGAUUCCUUUGAAUCCCCACUCACUCUGGCUGCUUGUGGUGGACAUGUAGAGCUAGCGGCUCUCCUGAUAGAAAGGGGAGCAAACCUGGAGGAAGUUAAUGAUGAAGGUUACACUCCUCUAAUGGAAGCUGCUCGAGAAGGCCAUGAGGAGAUGGUGGCCUUGUUAUUGGCACAAGGGGCAAAUAUAAACGCACAGACAGAAGAAACACAAGAAACUGCUCUUACUCUGGCAUGUUGUGGAGGGUUUUCUGAAGUGGCCGACUUCCUUAUUAAGGCAGGAGCUGAUAUAGAACUCGGUUGCUCAACACCUUUGAUGGAAGCUGCUCAAGAGGGUCAUCUUGAAUUGGUGAAAUACUUGCUGGCAGCAGGAGCUAAUGUUCAUGCCACCACAGCAACAGGAGAUACAGCUUUGACCUAUGCCUGUGAAAAUGGACAUACUGAUGUUGCAGAUGUGUUGCUUCAAGCUGGUGCUGAUUUGGAGCAUGAAUCUGAAGGUGGGAGGACCCCACUAAUGAAGGCUGCGAGAGCUGGUCAUUUAUGCACUGUGCAAUUCCUUAUUAGCAAAGGUGCCAACGUUAAUAGGGCUACAGCUAAUAAUGACCACACGGUGGUGUCACUGGCAUGUGCAGGAGGCCACCUGGCAGUUGUUGAGCUUCUUCUGGCUCAUGGUGCAGAUCCUACUCAUCGGCUGAAGGAUGGCUCAACAAUGCUCAUUGAAGCUGCAAAAGGAGGACAUACAAACGUUGUUUCUUACUUGCUGGAUUACCCAAAUAAUGUUUUGUCAGUUCCUGCAGCAGACUUGUCUCAGCUCACUCCACCGUCUCAGGAUCAGACUCAGGUUCCUCGUGUACCAGUGCAUACGCUUGCUAUGGUUGUACCUCCCCAGGAACCUGACAGAACCCCUCAAGAGAACUCGCCACCUCUCUUGGGAGUGGUGAAAGGUGCAUCCAAGCAGAAGUCAAGUUCCCUGCAGGUAGCAGAUAAGGACCUACUGCCACCUUUUCACCCAUACCAGCCUUUGGAAUGCAUAGUAGAAGAGACUGAAGGCAAGCUGAAUGAACUUGGACAGAGAAUUAGUGCUAUUGAAAAAGCACAACUUAAAUCAUUGGAAUUAAUUCAAGGUGAACCUUUAAAUAAAGAUAAGAUUGAAGAACUUAAAAAGAACAGAGAAGAACAAGUACAGAAGAAGAAGAAAAUAUUGAAGGAGCUACAGAAGGUGGAAAGGCAGUUGCAGAUGAAAACACAACAGCAGUUUACCAAAGAAUAUUUGGAGACCAAAGGUCAGACAGACACACCACUUCCCCUGCAACAGCAGUGCCCACUUACAGGGGUCUUCCCAGAAGUGGAAGCUGAUAAGGGUCUGCCAGAGGAUAACUUUUCAGGGUUACCUCAGGUUGACACAAUCUUGUCUAAAGAUGAUGCGCUCCCUCCACCUGCUUAACAAAUAGAGUUUGUCCCCAUCCAGCCUUUGCCAACACCGCAAUGUAAUUUUUCUGGUAAUUUAGGUUAUAAUGGGACAGAGUCUCUUGAACUUCAGAAAGCAUUAGGUAAUCAGCAGAAUGUAGUACAGCAGCAGCAAAUUGCUGGGCAGGGGCUGUUAGUUCAAGAACCAGACGGAUUAAUGGUUGCCACUCCAGCACAGACGCUUACCGACACUCUUGAUGACCUAAUAGCAGCUGUGAAUAGCAGAGUGCCCAGUGGCUCCACCAGUUCCUCGCACACUACGGAAUCCCCUACGCCUGAGCCUUGUUCCCAGGCAUCAAGCAGUGUGGCAUCGCAGUCGGUGGUCCCCAUGUAUCCUUCAGUUGAUAUUGAUGCACAUACUGAAAGUAAUCACGACACUGCUCUGACCCUUGCAUGUGCAGGAGGCCAUGAAGAACUUGUGUCUGUACUGAUAGCACGUGGUGCCAAUAUUGAACACAGAGACAAGAAGGGUUUUACGCCUUUGAUUCUGGCUGCAACUGCUGGACAUGUUGGUGUAGUGGAAAUUCUUCUAGACAAGGGUGGGGAUAUAGAAGCACAGUCUGAGCGCACAAAGGAUACUCCGCUUUCGUUGGCCUGCUCCGGUGGACGCCAAGAGGUUGUCGAUCUGCUGUUGGCCCGGGGAGCAAAUAAAGAACAUAGGAAUGUGUCUGAUUAUACACCGUUAAGCCUUGCUGCAUCUGGUGGAUAUGUCAAUAUCAUCAAGAUUCUCCUCAAUGCUGGAGCAGAAAUUAAUUCAAGGACUGGGAGUAAGCUAGGUAUUUCUCCUCUGAUGUUGGCCGCUAUGAAUGGCCAUGUACCUGCAGUGAAACUGUUGCUUGAUAUGGGUUCUGAUAUUAACGCCCAAAUUGAGACCAAUCGGAAUACAGCCCUCACCCUGGCUUGUUUCCAAGGCCGAGCAGAGGUGGUCAGUUUGCUUUUGGACAGGAAGGCCAAUGUUGAACAUAGGGCUAAGACUGGUCUCACACCUCUGAUGGAAGCUGCUUCAGGAGGAUAUGCAGAGGUUGGAAGAGUUCUUCUUGAUAAAGGAGCAGAUGUUAAUGCUCCGCCUGUGCCUUCCUCAAGAGAUACAGCUUUAACAAUUGCAGCAGAUAAGGGUCACUACAAGUUCUGUGAGCUCCUGAUUAAUCGAGGAGCGCAUAUCGAUGUUCGUAACAAGAAAGGAAAUACACCUCUUUGGUUGGCAGCUAAUGGUGGUCACUAUGAUGUAGUUCAGUUGCUUGUGCAAGCAGGAGCAGAUGUGGAUGCAGCUGAUAAUCGGAAAAUUACACCUCUUAUGUCAGCAUUUCGCAAGGGGCAUGUGAAAGUAGUUCAGUUCCUGGUGAAAGAAGUAAACCAGUUUCCUUCAGACAUUGAAUGCAUGCGGUACAUAGCAACUAUAACUGACAAGGACCUGUUGAAAAAGUGUCACCAGUGUGUGGAGACUAUUGUGAAAGCUAAAGACCAAAGUUUUGGGGACCAGCUGGCCCCAUUGUCUAUCCAGUUUCUGCAUAAUGAUUCAAAAAGAAAACAAGAGGAAGAUGAAGAAAACAAGCCUAAAGAAACUCUAGAGCUGCAAGAAGAUGAUGAUGAAGAAGAAAAUGACGAUGAAGUGGAGCAAGAAGUUCCUAUAGAGCCUCCUAGUGCAACCACUACGACUACAAUUGGAAUCUCUGCAACAUCAACUACUUUCACAAAUGCCUUUGGGAAGAAGAGAGCUAACGUGGUGACUACACCUAGCACAAACAGAAAAAAUAAGAAAAAUAAAACAAAAGAGACUCCUCAGAACAUGCAGAUAAUUUUGCCAGAUCAGCAUAUAUCUCUAGCACAGCAAAAAGCAGAUAAAAAUAAAAUAAAUGGAGAGCCAAGAGGUGGUGGUGCAGGUGCAGGUGGGAACAGUGAUUCAGAUAACUUGGAUAGUACAGAUUGCAAUAGUGAAAGUAGCAGUGGAGGUAAAAGCCAAGAGUUGAACUUCACAAUGGAUACAAAUUCCUCUGGUGAGAGGCGCUAUGCCUCAUUGCUUAUCCCCUCUCAGGAAGAAAAAACAAGUGCAUCAGCUUCAAAAACCCCAACAAGGAGGGAAGAGAUUGAUGACUCCGAGCCUUUCGCCUGUCAGGUUGACGGCCAGUUUGAUUUAACCUUGUCCAGCCAGAGACUCGAAGGUGAAGGUAAUUCAAAUUCUUUGUCAACUACUUAUAAACCUGUUUCCCUGCCUCUGACCUCUCCAAAUGUAAAGCUGAAUCUGACUAGUCCAAAAAGAGGCCAGAAAAGAGAAGAAGGCUGGAAAGAAGUGGUUAGAAGGCAAGUAGGCAGAGUUUUGAAAGACCCUCCCCCUAGCAACACUCUGCAGCCAACACCAAUUGAGCAAUUUCAGCUGCAGAGAGGAGGGCGCUGCUGUUCAGGAGCAAAAAGGUCAAAGAAAUUAUCUGUCCCAGCUUCUGUCGUGUCUAGAAUAAUGGGAAGAGGUGGAUGCAACAUCACAGCAAUCCAAGAUGUCACUGGUGCCCAUAUUGAUGUAGAUAAACAAAAAGAUAAGAAUGGAGAGAGAAUGAUCACAAUAAGGGGUGGUACAGAGUCAACUCGGUAUGCAGUGCAACUCAUCAAUGCACUUAUUCAAGAUCCUGCCAAGGAACUGGAAGACUUGAUUCCUAAAACUCACAUAAGAACACCUGCUUCGACUACCAAAUCAAUCCAUGCAAACUUUUCAUCUGGAGUCAGCACUGCAUCUGCUUCAAACAAAAACUCCUUUCCUCUUGGAGCACCACCUCUGGUCACAUCACAGUCAUCAACACUAUCUACUUUCCAGCCUACUAACAAAUUAAAUAAGAAUGUCCCAGCAAAUGUGCGCUCAUCUUUUCCAGUGUCUCUUCCUCUAGCUUAUUCUCACCCUCAUUUUGCCUUGCUGGCUGCCCAAACUAUGCAACAGAUUCGGCACCCUCGCUUACCUAUGGCCCAGUUUGGAGGGACUUUUUCGCCUUCACCGAACACUUGGGGACCAUUCCCAGUGAGACCUGUUAACCCUGGCAGCACAAACAGCUCUCCAAAGCAUAAUGGUUCGAGUCGCGUAGGUAGUCAGAAUGGAAAUAUUUUACAGACAGAGUCUCCUGGAUUAGCUACUUCUAGUUGUCCCAUUACUGUCUCUUCUGUAGUUGCUUCCACCCAACCGCUAUGUGUAACAAGUAAUCGGACUCCCUCCUCGGUCAGAAAGCAAUUGUUUGCCUGCAUUCCCAAGACAAGUACUGCAGCAACGGCGAUCUCAACUGUGACAAGCACCUGUAGCACUCUGCCCUCUGCUUCCUCUGCACCUCCAAACAAUGGGCAAGUUCCCACAGCCUUUCUGCCCUCCAGUGCUCCACAGACGCAACAUUCUGCACUUAAAACGGACUCUUUCUCAGCUGUCUCAGCGCCCAAAGAGAAGGUGUCAGCACCAGACCAGCCAGUUGGAAACGUGUGCGCCCCAUCUUCGGUUGCAAGUAGUUGCAAUAUGUCAACUAGCAGCAGUUCAGGAGUUGCAGAAACUUGCCCAUCUAGCAGCCCUGCACCGCUGAAUAAUGUCCAAGAUGAAGUACUGCCAACCAGCAUGUCAGAGAUCAAUCCUUCUAUGUCAAUGCCUUUUUCAUCCAGCUCAGAACCCGCUUCUUUAAGCUUAGCAUCACCCAGGUCAGUUGUUGCAGAUAAUCAGGACAACAAUAACUUACCUCAAGUAGCUGUACCAGCACCUCGAGUUACUCACAGGAUGCAGUCCAGAGGUUCUUUCUAUUCAGUGGUACCAAAUGCAAACCUGCAUCAAGAUCCUCAGUCUAUUUUUGUUACGAAUCAAGUUCCUUUAACGCCUUCUCAAGGUCCACCUGCUGCAGUGCAGCUUUCGUCAGCCAUGAACGUUAUGAACGGUUCUCAGAUGCACAUUAAUCCAGGAAACAAAUCAUUGCCUCCUACCUUUGGGCCAGCAACUCUCUUCAAUCACUUUAGUAGUCUUUUUGAUAGCAACCAGGUGCCAGCUAACCAAGGAUGGGGAGACUGUCCACUCUCCACUCGAGCAGCAGCUGACCCGUCUUUCACUGUUCAGUCUACCUUUCUGAAUAACUCUGUGCUAGGACAUGUGGAAAAUGUGCAUCCUGAUAACUCCAAGGCUCCUGGUUUCAGGCCACCUUCCCAACGGGUUUCUACUAGUCCUGUAGGCUUACCCUCUCUAGAUCCAUCCAACAGCUCUACAACUUCUUCUUCAGGUCCUUUGACAGGCUUUUCAGCAAACAUACAAGGAGCACGGGUUUACCUUCAAGGGCCAGCGCCUGUUGGGACUCCCAGCUUUAACAGACAGCAUUUUUCACCACAUCCUUGGACAAGCGCAACAAAUUCAUGUAGGAACUUCAUGGGUGAAUCUCCUAUUCCAUCAGUUUCCUCAGGAUCAUCUUCACCCCUUUCAGCUGCUUCUGCACCUUCUAACUUGGGCCAGCCAAAAACGGGUAACCCAAAUCAGGAUCGAAAGGUACCCCCUCCCAUCGGGACAGAAAGACUUGCUAGAAUUCGACAGGGUGGAUCUGUCACUCCAACUCCCUUAGGAACCAACUUUACAGCUCCUGUUGGUCAUAGCGGUAUCUGGUCUUUUGGAGUUAACAGUGUUUCUGAAGGCUUGUCAGGUUGGUCUCAGCCUGUAAUGGGAAGUCAUCCAAUGCAUCAGCAGUUGUCAGACCCGGGCACGUUUUCUCAGCAUCAGCCGAUGGAGAGAGAUGAUUCUGGAAUAGUGGCUCCCUCAAAUAUUUUCCACCAACCUAUGCCAAAUAGUUUUGUGGAUUUUUCUAAAGGCCUACCAAUUUCCAUGUACGGCGGCGCUCUAAUACCUUCACACCCUCAGCUAGCAGAUGGCCCGGGAGGCCCUCUCUUUAAUGGGCUUCAUACUCCAGACCCGGCCUGGAACCCUAUGAUCAAAGUUGUCCAAAAUUCAACUGAAUGUACUGAUGCUCAGCAGAUUUGGCCUGGCACCUGGGCACCUCACAUUGGAAACAUGCAUCUCAAGUACCCGCAUCAUCUACGACCGCAAGUUCCUGCUGGAGUGCAAGAAUUCACCCGUGGCCAGGACCCCUCCCUGCUGCCUGCCCCAGAUCCCCGGUGUCACCUCCCCGGCCCAGCCCAGCCUCGUCAAGCUGGGGGAGCUCAAGGAGCAGAAUGAGAGCGAAGAAACCAUGCCAGAUCAAGACCAGUUUGAGAUGGACAUCUGAGUUCUCAGCUCCUCGUCUCCAGGCCAUGGCUGGGCCUGUUCCUGGGCCUCGUGGAGGUGCUGGCACUGCGACUGGCUGGCUGCAGCCCUCUCUGUGAUGCUGGGGAUGGACACGUGACACCUCAUGCGCUCUGGCACAACUGGCUGGUGCGACUGCCUGGGGAGUUCGCGCUUGAUCAAUAAACACCAUGAAACCCC